GUUCUUAACCUCUGAGCCGUCUCUCCAGCCCUACUAGUUCUUCUAUAAAGCACAAUGCCUUGAAUUAGUUUCCAACAUUUUCUUUUUCUUUUUUAGUUUUUGAGACAGGCUUUCUCUGUAGCCCUCGUUGUCCUGGCACUCACUCUGUAGACCAGGCUAGCCUUGAACUCAGAGAUCUACCUGCUUCUGCCUCCUGAGUGCUGUGAUUAAAGGCGUGUCCCACGACUGCCAGGAUUCUAUUUAAUUUUUAAAGAUUUGUUUUCCAUAUAUGUAUAUACAUAUAUAUGCGCGUGUGUGUGUGUGUGUGUGUGUAUGUGUGCAUGUAUCUGUGUGUUAGCAUUGCCACAUGCACUCAGGUGUCCGAGGAGGUUGGAAGAAAGCAUUGAAUCCCUUGGGGACAGAGCUAUAGGCACUUGUGAACUAUUUGAUGUUGGUGCUGGAACUGAACUCUGGUCCUCUGAAAGAGCAGGAAGUGCUUCUAACUGCUAAGACAUUUCUCCAGCCCCAUUUAAAAAUUUUUAAUUGGAGACAGGUUCUCAAUAUGUAAUCCAGGUUGGCCUCAAAUUCACAAUGCAACUGAGGAUGAUCUCAACUUUUAUUUUUAAAAUUUAUUUCAUUUUUUUUUUUAUCAUGAGCUUGUGUGUGUGUGAUGACAAUCAAAUAUAAGUAAGUCCUUGCCUUUCAUUUUGUUUGAGACAGGGUCUUUCCUUGGCCACUGUGUAGGCCAGGCUGGCCUUUGAGCUUCUGGGCAUUCUCCUGUGUCUGCUUCCCAUCUCAGCACUGGAAUGUUGCCCUGUCUAUCUGUAUGUGAAUUAUUAGAGCUCAAACUUAUGCUUUUGAGCAAAUGGUUUGCCCUUUGGGCAUCAUGAGCCUGCCCAUGAGCUUCUGAGCCUCCUGAGUGUUGGGAUUAAAGAUGUGUGUCACUAUUCCCUGUUGUUUUGUUUUAAGACAGGUAUUUCUAUAUAUCCUUGUCUGGCCUGGUACUCAACAUGUAGCUCAGGCUGUCCUCCAGCUUGCAACAAUCCUCCUGCUUCAGCCUUCCAAGUGCUAGAAUUAGGGCAUGAACCACUAGGCCUAGCAAAUGUUGUAUUUUACAUGUAUUAGCUAAUUUAAUCCUCACAAUAAUACUAAAGAUCAGAGGUGUUACUAUUCCCUUCUUAUAGAAGAGGAAGCCAAUCAUUCUACCAAAGUUGCCGUACGUAUUUGAUGACAUGGCGCAUUUGAAACACUUAGGGCAAGAGUUAGUGAUUGUAAUGUAAGAGGUAAGCGUUAGGAUUUUAGUUUAUUUUAUCCACUUGGUCCUUAGAAGCAUUUACAUGUGCUACUCUGAUUAUCAGUUGGAAAGAAAGUUGCCAUAUACCAUGUAGGAUGCCCCAUUAAAUCUGAGUUUUUAGGGUGAAGAAGCGUGGAGGGCAGGAGAGAAGUGAAUAAGAACAAAGUAUUAUGGUAUGUCCAUCCCACAGUGAAAUACAGACCUUUGUGUGCUAACUACAGAUUGAUGAUGGCCACAGAAAUGACUCAUGCGGUAAAGGCGCGUGUCAUCCCUGGGCCUCACAUGAUGGGGAGAGAGAGCCAACUCCGGCCAGCUGCCCUCUGCCCUCUGUACGCAUCCUGUCUAAGCACACGCAGUAAACGAGUGUGGAUGUCGAGAGCGUGCAGGAAGGAGCCCGUGGAGACCAGAGGAGUGCGUCAGAUUCCCUAGAUUUGGAAUUACUAUUGGCCGUGAGCGGCCUGAUAUGUGUGUUUGGAAUUGAACUUGGGAUUUCUGGAAGAGCAGAAAAGAGCUGCCUAUGGCUGAGCCAUGUUCCCAGCCACCCAAGGUUUUAAAAUGUAAUUUUAAAAUAUUUUGUAUUUGUCAUUAGUGUGUGUGAGGUGUGGGAAGGUGGUGGUCAGUAGACACCAAUAUUCAGGGGUCUUCCUGAGCUCCCUCCACUGUGUGGGUUUCUGGUUUCAGACUCAGAUCUUCAGGCUUCUGAGCUGUUACUUGCUGAUCCACUUUACUGGCUUUAAUGUAGGUUUUAAACCGGAGGAUUCUGAGGAAGACAGUGCUUGUGAAAAAACAAAGAAACAAACAAAAAGAUAGUUGGGAGAGCAUGGGCAGGAACUUCUCAAAGAUGGCGUGGCCUUUAUAAUAGCUGUGUAUAUACCAUUUGGAGACUAUUAUCCUCAAAGUGUUUCUAGAGAACCUAAUGAGAUGCCAGUGUGGUUUCUGAAGCCAUUUGACAGGGUUACAAUUGAUAAGGAAAAAGUAUAGGUGAUCAGAAAUGGCAGAAAGCCCUUUGCCCACAGAGCCAUCUCUCUGUACCCCACUGUUAUCUUCAGAGACAAGGUCUAGUACCAGGGCCGGCCUCACACCCCCUGUGUACUAGACAAGGGUGACUUUACCCAUCCUCCCAUCUCCACCCGCCCAGUGCUGGGAUUACAGGCAUGCACCAUUACACGUGGUCUGUGUGGUACUAAGGAUGAAACUUGGGCUCCACGCCUGCUAGGCGAGCACUCUACCAACUGAUCUUACGUCCUCUGCUCCCAAGCCGUAGGUCUUCACUGGUCUCUGGAUCCAGAUCUCAGGCUCUCUGAAGGCCUGUCAAGCGUCUCUCUCCAUUAGCACAGCUUUUCAAGCCUUCCCUGCCUGUGGCAAUUAAAAGUGGAACAAAUCCAGGCAAGAUCGGGACAGCAGCAUGACUAGGUGUUUUUUCUAGGGAAAGCCAGUAAGGGACAGGUGGCAUGUGGGCCACUAGGCUGUCUUUCUCAAAUGGGCUUCCUUUUCUCCCCUCCUCUUCUCCCCCCUUCUUUUUUUUUUUCUCCUUUUACCCUUCUCAUCUCCUUCCUCUUAUUCCCCUUCUGUUCUUUCAGACAGGGCCUCGUUCUCCUCAAGCUCUCCUCAAACUCACUAGGUAGCCAAGGGUGACCUUAAACUCUUGAUCUUAAAGUUCUGAUAGUACAGGCAUCUAGCCCCAUGUACUUCUGGACACCCCCAUCCCUUGCCUAUAGCCAGCUCCUCAGACUUCCAGCCUUUGCUGUAGUGCAGGUUUGGUUCUUUCCUGGUAUGCUAGGUAGAAGAAAAAUGAAAGUAGUUUGAGGUUUUAUUAACCAUUGUUUCUGCAUUUUAAUUUUUUUUAAGUCAAGCCAAGACUGGGGUGAGUUCCGAGUCAAGGAACCUGAGAGCCAGAACCACACGGCGUGAAAGAAUGAGGAAAUGCCCUGGCUGUGAUUUGCUGUCUUGACCAGCACAGCUAUUUGGAGAACUACCCAGUACUUGCUUCAGAUCUGCCUGACUCUUCACAACAUCCUGGAAGGUGGGCUUGUAGCUGUCCUGGCAGGAAUGAAGACAUCAAAAGAGAUACUUGUACCCCUCCCUUUAGCUCUUGAACUAUUGAUACAAGGGAACCCAAGAAAUGAGAAACUUUCCAGGAGUCUCAGUCUGGUGAAAGCAAAGGCUGGGUUCCUGGAGCCAAGUGGAGGAGAACUUGUCUAGCAAAAAGACUUCACAUAACCCUGCCAACUUACCACACCACCUUUCAGGAGAGACUGGAGCCCAGACAAUGCCCACGGGCAAGACUUCGCCUAACCGUGAUUACUGAUUUGUGCAUACCCGUUGCCCUCUAUUUAAGCCUAAGCCUCAUGUCAGGACCCUAAUGUUGGACCCCCAGGGGCUCACUGUACCUCUUUGUUGUUCUUCUCAAUGCAGUCACAUUACAGCCAAUCUCCCUUUUCGCUUGUUGGUAUUCUUUUGCCUCUUUAUUUGGCUAUUUGGCUUUUGGGUAUAGAUGCGAUAGACUAGCUUGUCGGAGCUGCCAGGCCUGAGCUGACUCUCACAUCUCUGUUACAGGAUCUACUGCUUUCCUAUGGCGAUUUGGUUGCGAUUUGGUUGCAGAGGCUCAGAGAACUAUGUCUGAGACUUUGAAAACAAUGUAGCACUGGCUGCCCCUGAGAGUUUCUCUUGGCCAAGUUACUUCUCCUUCCUCUCCCUUUCCUGGGUUUUCUAAAUUCUCAGGAAAAAUUUUAUUUACUUGAGUAAGAUGAUAACUGUUAAGUAAUCUCAGUUUAGUUUUACAGAACCUUGACCUUCAUAAAACAAUAGAAUGUGUACAGCCAUUCCAUGUUCUUUGGUUCCAGGCAUCAGAUAACACAAAACAUUAUGCCUGGUGACAAGAAUCAUCUGGGAUGUUAGUUAAAAAGCCCAGAUUCCCCUAGAGGACACCACUCUCAUCAAUUGGGCCUCAUCAAUGCUAGGUAACAUGCAUUUCACAGUGGCCUUCUGGAAACAACGCCUUAACCCAAAGAAGUAACUCAAUCAGUGAGAACUUCAGGUUUGCUGUCUUAUUGAUGGUAUGUCUGAUAGUGGAUCACAGCUUGAUUCAAUGGGUAGUCUGACCAUGAAAUCACAACUUCAGAUCACUGUCAUCUCAGCCAAACUUAAAGAAAAUAAGAAGAAUUGGUUUGGACCAAGUCCUUAUGUAGAAGUCACCGUAGAUGGGCAGUCAAAGAAGACAGAAAAAUGCAACAACACAAACAGUCCCAAGUGGAAGCAACCCCUGACCGUCAUCGUAACCCCUACGAGUAAAUUAUAUUUUCGUGUGUGGAGUCACCAGACCCUGAAAUCUGAUGUUUUGUUGGGAACUGCUGGAUUAGAUAUUUAUGAAACAUUAAAGUCAAACAAUAUGAAACUUGAAGAAGUAGUUAUAACUUUGCAGCUUGUAGGUGACAAAGAGCCAGGAGAGACAAUGGGAGAUUUGUCAGUUUGUCUUGAUGGACUGCAAGUAGAAGCUGACAUUGUUACUAAUGGUGAAACUUCAUGCUCAGAGAGUACUUCACAGAAUGAUGAUGGCUGCAGACCCACAGAUGAAACAAGAGUGAGCACAAAUGGAGCAGAUGACCCUGAGGUUGCAGCAUCGGGAGACAACAAGAAGGCCAAUGGGAACAAUUCUCCAUCCCUUUCAAAUGGCGGUUUUCAGCCUUCUAGACCUCCUAGGCCUUCAAGACCGCCUCCGCCCACCCCACGAAGACCAGCAUCUGUCAAUGGUUCACCAUCCACCAAUUCUGACAGUGACGGAUCUAGUACAGGCUCUUUGCCACCAACAAAUACAAAUGUAAAUACAAGUACAUCUGAAGGAGCAACAUCUGGAUUAAUAAUUCCUCUUACUAUAUCUGGAGGCUCAGGCCCUAGGCCACUGAAUCCUGUAAGUCAAGCUCCUCUACCCCCGGGAUGGGAGCAGAGAGUAGACCAGCAUGGGCGUGUUUACUACGUAGACCAUGUUGAAAAGCGAACAACAUGGGAUAGACCAGAACCUCUACCUCCUGGCUGGGAACGGCGUGUGGACAAUAUGGGGCGUAUUUAUUAUGUUGACCAUUUUACAAGAACCACAACGUGGCAGAGGCCAACACUGGAAUCUGUGCGGAACUAUGAACAGUGGCAGCUACAACGUAGUCAGCUUCAGGGAGCAAUGCAGCAGUUUAACCAGAGGUUCAUCUACGGGAAUCAAGAUUUGUUUGGUACAUCACAAAACAAAGAAUUUGAUCCCCUUGGUCCUUUGCCUCCUGGAUGGGAGAAGAGAACUGAUAGUAACGGCAGAGUGUAUUUUGUCAAUCACAAUACUCGAAUUACGCAGUGGGAAGACCCCAGAAGCCAAGGUCAAUUAAAUGAAAAGCCCUUACCAGAAGGCUGGGAAAUGAGAUUCACAGUGGAUGGAAUUCCAUAUUUUGUGGACCACAAUAGAAGGACAACCACUUAUAUAGAUCCACGUACAGGAAAAUCUGCCCUAGACAAUGGACCUCAGAUAGCCUAUGUUCGGGACUUCAAGGCAAAGGUUCAGUAUUUCCGGUUCUGGUGUCAGCAACUGGCCAUGCCCCAGCAUAUAAAGAUCACAGUGACAAGAAAAACAUUGUUUGAGGAUUCCUUUCAACAGAUAAUGAGCUUCAGCCCGCAAGAUCUGAGAAGACGACUGUGGGUGAUUUUCCCAGGAGAAGAAGGUUUAGAUUAUGGAGGUGUAGCAAGAGAAUGGUUCUUUCUUUUGUCACAUGAAGUGUUGAACCCAAUGUAUUGCCUGUUUGAAUAUGCAGGGAAGGAUAACUACUGCCUGCAGAUAAACCCCGCUUCCUACAUCAACCCAGACCACCUGAAAUACUUCCGCUUUAUUGGCAGAUUUAUUGCCAUGGCUCUAUUCCAUGGGAAAUUCAUAGAUACCGGGUUUUCUUUACCAUUCUAUAAGCGUAUCUUGAACAAACCAGUUGGACUUAAGGACUUAGAAUCUAUUGAUCCAGAAUUUUACAAUUCUCUCAUCUGGGUUAAAGAAAACAAUAUCGAAGAAUGUGGAUUGGAAAUGUACUUCUCUGUUGAUAAAGAAAUUCUAGGUGAAAUUAAGAGUCAUGAUUUGAAACCCAAUGGUGGCAAUAUUCUUGUGACAGAAGAAAAUAAGGAGGAAUACAUCAGAAUGGUAGCUGAGUGGAGAUUGUCUCGUGGUGUUGAAGAGCAGACACAAGCUUUCUUUGAGGGCUUUAAUGAAAUUCUUCCCCAGCAAUAUUUGCAAUAUUUUGAUGCAAAGGAAUUAGAGGUCCUUUUGUGUGGAAUGCAAGAAAUUGAUCUGAAUGACUGGCAGAGACAUGCCAUCUACCGUCACUACACUAGAACAAGCAAACAGAUCAUGUGGUUUUGGCAGUUUGUUAAAGAAAUUGAUAACGAGAAGAGGAUGAGACUUCUGCAGUUUGUUACUGGAACCUGCCGAUUGCCAGUGGGAGGAUUUGCUGACCUCAUGGGGAGCAAUGGACCACAGAAGUUCUGUAUCGAAAAAGUUGGGAAAGAAAAUUGGUUACCCAGAAGCCAUACCUGUUUUAACCGCCUGGACCUCCCACCCUACAAGAGCUAUGAGCAACUGAAGGAAAAGCUGUUAUUUGCCAUUGAAGAAACAGAAGGAUUUGGACAAGAAUAAUUGUUGAGACCUUAGGCCACCAGAGGACAGGGACUUAUCUGCGGUAUCUGUCCCCUCUGUUCUCUGCCUGUUGCACAUCUUAUUGUAAACUUGGACUGUGACUAGAGAGUUAUCUGAGUGUAAGUAAAUUAAUGUGAUCGUUGAGAUUUAUCUUCCAGCGAUUCUGGAUUUCUACUCAACGUUUCCAGAAAGCAGAUCUACAAACAGUAGUCAGACACUUAACACGAGAUUUAACACAGUGAUGAAAUCUCCCUUGUCUUAUUCCUCUAGAUUGUACCCUUAACAACAGUUCCGUGUGUCAAAAGUCUCACUUGGGAGGAGGUCUCUUAGUGGGUGUUGUGAAGGGUUCUGCAGGGACAUCUCGGAAACUGCAAUACACAAGGUCUUCCUGGUAGAGCCUCGAGCUAAGAGGUGCUGGAUAAAGUGCAAGCUUAUCCCAGUGUCUGGGCACAUGAGCAACUGCUGCUUGUGCUCUCCCGCUCACUUCAGCCUGGCCUGACUGUUGUUUUUCAUUCCUGGAGCAUGAAUUAAUGCAUCAUUCUGAUGUUCUUCCUGGAAGUGACACAGGACUCUCGCAUCUUUCUACAAAGUAGUUCUAUUUGAAUUCAGGGAAAACUUGGUCCCCGCCAACAUGACUUCAUACCUCUCAAUUCAGUUCCUGUUGUUAUUGCCUUGCAAAUACUAAACUUUACAAACAGCAUCAGCACUGUGGUUCCUUUACAGUUUGAGGUUAACCUUAGAAUUAGAACUAAUUUAGCUGAAUUCAUCUAAGAUCAUUCUUGAUUUUUAAAUCCUACACAUAAACUGAAGCUUUAUGAUUUUAUCAUAAUCCAAUGCCUCAGUUACUUUUCAUUACUGCUGAGAUGUUCAAGUUGCAACCAUUUUCUAAUCCAAAUAGAGGUCAGUGGUGCAGUCUCUGAAAUCAGGACAAUGUCCAGCAGCCACACAAUUGUGCUGUUUUCACACUUACCACUUCUGACACAAAUAAGAGCCGUGCUGUCAUUUGCAUCUUUUUAUAUGGUUCUGAUCUGUAAUAUUUUUCUUACCCUUAAAAAUUUUAGAUUUUUCUUCCCAUGACUCUAUUUUAGACGGCUCCUUUAGUAACUAAUGAAUGCACUUUGACUUUCUCUGCAGUUAAUUUACCUUGGCUUAGUGUAGACUGUCAAGAUGGCUGCUGCCAUAGAUACAACUUUAUGGGCACUGAGAUAAAACUUCAGCCAGCUGAGUCCCUAUUGUAGCCAAAUCCCAAAAUCAGCCUUAUAAGUCUUAACAGGGACCUUGACAUGUGGCAGUGGCAUAGAAUGAACUUGUAGCAUGAAGCCAAGAAUAGUGUGACAAACCCCUGUCCCAUAGGAAAAGAAAUGUUUCUGUAUCCCUAGCUGCUCUUCCUGUUCUCAUCCUGGAACCGUUGAACUCGUGCAGCUGUCGUCUUUAACACUGCCAUCAUCAGCAGACACGUGCGUGACCGAGAAAGGGUUGCCUCAUCUAGAAGCUAUCAGUGAAGGGAGAGCUCAGCUCCUCCCCAGCCCCCCCCUUUUCUUUAAUCCUACAUGCCACAGGAAAUACGUGUCAUCUUUAGAAGCCCUAGUUAUAUCCAAAGUAGCAAAUCUCUGCCUUUUUGUUGGUAGGGUUAAAAAAUGUAUAUGAUGCUAUUGCUUUGUCUUACAGAGCGAAUGUCUGCCAACUACCCAGUCACAACAUAGGCCUGAACUUUGGUAAUAAAUGGCUAUAAACAUUAAGCCUUCUACAAAGACUUCCUAGUGAAUCCAAUUCUUGUACUAAAAUAUAGUUAUUUACCAUAUUUACUAGAGAUUUAUGAGAUUAAAUUAAGAGAUAAUGUAAGAAAAUAGGCUUUGUUGAUUCUGCAUAAUGCUUCAUGAUUCAUUUAGGGACCUAGAAAUAUUAUGUGAAAAUGUAUAAAUAUCAUCCAAAAGGCUUUCUGCCCUAUAUUUUUAAAAUACAGAAGUUAUAUUUGAAGUAGUCCUGGCCCUAGUUCUAUAGGGCUUGGCUAUUUAAUAUUUUUAUGGAAGAAAUGUUUAGUUCUAGAAAAGGUAAAUGCUUGUAUAUAUUUUUGCAGCCCUGGAGUCUCCCAACUCCAUUUCUUCCUUUAAUUUAAUUGAUCACAUGUAUAUGUCUUCCCUGCUGUGUUAGGAAAAUGGGGGCUGGCUAUCCCGAGAAUCAGAGAGUAUAUAAAAUAAUGCGACUAAACAGCAGACAUAAAUAUUUACCAAAUACUCUCAAAUUUUUGUCCAAAAUGAGUAUUUGGAAAUAGACUUAUUGUAAGUGUUAAAUUAGCGAUUUUCCUUAAAUCUGAACUAAGUUGCUUUUAAGAUCUUUUUCUCUGUAAGCAUCAUAAAUGCUAAUUAACUUGUUAAGUUUUUUUUUUUUCUUACUGCAUGUUACAUUGAAAUAAAAACAGUAAAUGAGCA